GAGUCCCAGCUGCCCUGCAUUUCUGGGAAGGGGGGUUGCAAAACUCUGGAGAAUGUGCUGGGUGCUUUGGGGACUCCCGGCUGGAGCAAGUCCAUUGUCUGGGCUGUUUGCCUGCUGAGGAAUCAAACCUUGGAGGUGUUGACUUGUCAAACAGAGCUAGGGAAGAAGCCAAUACAGGAGGGAGGGAGCCGGUUGCCUCAGGCCCCAGGCGUGGGGGGGGUUCUGAGAGGACAAAGGUCAGAGGGGUGGGCACUGAGGUAUUUAAACAGCAGCCCAGGGGAGUGGGGUCUCUUUAAGCAGCUGCAAUAGCUCCUUGGUGUCCCCCUGCCAGCUCCUGGAGGUCCCUGGGUGUCUUCACCUGCCUAGCAGCCAGCUCCUCCCCAGGCCCUGUCUCCUUUUGCCCCGCCCCAGGAGGAGAGUGGGGGUAGAUUUGCUGCCUUCAGUUUAAUUUCUCCUCCACCAGCGUCUGAUUGCAAAGAGACCCGGAAGAUCCAGACAAGCUAGCAGGGCGAGAAACUCUGGGGAGUGUCUGCCCAUCACAUGACUCCAGGAGCUGAAGCUUGAAGGACAAAAAGACCCGAGAUCAGAAGAAUUGUGGUUAAAACAAGGAGUCUCGGAGCAGCUGGGCUCGUUUGAAAUGGGCUGCAAUAAAAUCCCAAUAACGAGGCCCGUGCCCCCCUCACCAGCCCGCCAUGACCGUCACCUACACGGCCCGCGUGGCCAACGCCCGUUUCGGGGGCUUCUACAAACUGCUGCUGCUCUGGCGCGGGAGCAUUUACAAGCUGCUGUACAAGGAGUUCCUGGCCUUCUUCGCCACCUACCUGGGGCUCAGCCUGACCUACCGCUUUGUCCUGGCCGAGGAUCAGAAACGCUACUUCGAGAAACUGGUGAUUUAUUGCAACAACUACGCCAACCUAAUCCCCGUCUCCUUCGUGCUGGGCUUCUACGUCACGCUGGUGGUGAACCGGUGGUGGAGCCAGUACACCUGCAUGCCCAUGCCCGACCGCCUGAUGUGCGCCAUCUCCGGCACCGUGCACGGCGGGGACGAGCGAGGCCGGCUUUACCGCCGCACCCUGAUGCGCUACAGCAGCCUCUCGGCCGUGCUCAUUCUGCGCUCCGUCAGCACGGCCGUCUUCAAGCGGUUCCCCACCAUCGACCACGUGGUGGAGGCAGGCUUCAUGACCCGGGAGGAGCGCAAGAAAUACGAGAACCUGAGCUCGUCCUACAACAAGUACUGGAUCCCCUGCGUCUGGUUCACCAACCUGGCGGCCCAGGCUCGCAAGGAGGGGCGCGUCCGGGACAACUGCGCCCUCAAGAUGCUGAUGGAGGAGCUGAAUCACUUCCGUGCAAACUGCAGCAUGUUAUUCCACUACGACUGGAUCAGCGUCCCCCUGGUCUACACACAGGUGGUGACCAUUGCCGUGUACAGCUUCUUCGUGGCCUGUCUGAUCGGGCGUCAGUUCCUGGACCCAGCCCAGGGCUAUGAGGGCCACGACCUGGACCUGUGUGUGCCGGUCUUCACCCUGCUGCAGUUCUUCUUCUACGUGGGCUGGCUCAAGGUGGCUGAGCAGCUGAUCAAUCCCUUUGGGGAGGACGACGACGACUUCGAAACCAACUUGCUGAUCGACCGCAAUUUCCAGGUCUCCAUGAUGGCGGUGGACGAGAUGUACGACGACCUGCCCCUGCUGGAGAAGGACCGUUACUGGGACGCCUCCAACCCCCGCGCCCCCUACACGGCGGCCACCGUCUUCCUGCUGCACCAGCCGUCCUUCCAGGGCUCCACCUUCGACAUGACGCUGCCCAAGGAGGACAUGCAGUUCCAGCCGCUGGAGGAGAUCGAGGAGGGGCUGGAGCCGAGCCGCCACGUCCCCCUGCACCUCCUGAACCGGCUGCUGUCCGCGGGGCCCGCCCCGGGCGGCUUCGGCCGGCGCCUCUCGCUGCUGCGCCGCAAGAACAGCUGCGUCUCGGAGGCCUCCACCUCCUACAGCUGUCUGUGCCAGGACACGCAGAGCACGGACUGCAGCUGUGGGCCCCCCACCCACCGCCCGCCCCUCGGAGAGGGGCCCUGCGCCCCGGAGCAGCGGGGCUGGGAGGGGGGCGAGGAAGCCGGGCACUGGGCCACAGGCAGCCACGAGGAGGCCUUGCCCGAGGAGUCGGACCUUGCCCAGCGGUCCCAGGUCUCCUUGCUUCACCCCGACAGCGCCGCCCCUGUGGCCGGCGGCUUCCCUUCACCGCAGGAUACGGGGCCCCUCGUAGACACGUCCUUCCUCUUGCAGCCUGGAGCCGCCAAGGAGCCCCCCGCCCGGAGCAGCCCCCCCAGCGCCGGCUACCGCCCCUGGCUGCAGAACCCCAUCGAGGAGGAGACCACGGCGUGAGCCGGGACGUGCCGCGCAGAGACGCCCUGUGGCCAGGGGAAGGAGGGGCCAAACCCCAGAGCCGGGCGGCCCCCCAUAGCCAGGGGGCACGGCCCCGACACCUAGAUGAGAUGGCAGAGAGGCCUGGUUCUGGGCCAAAGGUAGCUGAGCCCAGACAGAUCUGGGGCCGCCAGAUGAACAGUUCAAAUGGGGGGGGCGCUAAUUGGGGGCCCAUCAGUACUCCCCCCCCCCAUCCCCAGCAACCCAGACCCGGCUGCUUCCUGUGUCCCCAGCUACGGGCCAGGCCCUGGUGGUGCAGCACCCCCUGCUGGCUGACCCGUGCUGGAUCCAGCUCCGGUCCCCUCAACUCUCAUCCCCGACAGAACGGGGGGGCCCUGCUGCAAACUUCAAUCUUGGAGGCAUUCAUUAGCGCUGGGCUGCCCCGGCCUCUACCCUGACUCGCCAGCCGGGACUGGACAUUGUGGGGGAGGCGGCUGAGAUGCGGGGGAGCCUCACCCCUCUGUGGCUGGGGGAAAUGGCUCAAUCCCUUUUCUUUCACAGUCUGGCUCCUGCCUUUUUAAAUAUAAUUUUAUUAAGCUGCUCUUCA